AUGCCUUCUCAAGCCGAUGACAAGCGCCAGGCCGCGCGCGAAGUCAUCGACAUUCUUCACGAGAUCUCAAUGCUCCUCAAUACGCAUCUCGAUCGGACAGAGCUAUCCCUAUGUGUCUCGCUAAUCGAGAACGGUGUCAAUCCGGAAGCGCUGGCGAUAGUGAUUAAGGAUCUUCGACGGGAGGCAGCUUCUCAAGGGCAUUAUCCAGACGAGCAAAUCAUGCAGGAGUGA